CCAUCCCGUGCCCGAGAGGGCCAGCGACGAAGAACGGCCGUUGUGACCUACAACUCCAGCCAGGGUGCCAAUGUCCUUGAGUACGACGAUGUGGGUACUAUGAGUGACCUUGAGCUUCCAUCUUUCCAGAGAGGCGGUUUGAUCAGGACCAGCAUGCCGUUAGUCCGUAGCGCCUCCACGUCCCUGGAACGACCAUUAGGUAAGUUCUGUUUAGUCUUCCUUGUCUAUGGUGACCAGACUAAGAAGUCAAUGUUGCCUAAUGAGAUCACCACACUGGACACUGUCCGAGCAUUGUUUGUGCGGGCCUUUCCUGACCUCACUCUGGAGAUGCUUGAAGAUCCUCGCAAGAAAAUAUACCUGCUGGAUCCAGCCACCAACAUAUACUUCCAGCUGGAGGACCUUGUGGAUAUCAAGGACCGAUCGGUGCUGAAGAUACACGAAACUGACAAUGAGCAGCCCCAGAAGGUGAAGGAGAGGCAAGAGGUCAGAGGUCGCACUGUACAGAUGCCAGUUGCAAGGUCUCACAAUCAACAAGUUUAUGCUGAGCUUCCACUAGGACAUGACAUAUAUGCAAAAUCCCAGCCGCUUCCAAUGCAAGCUGCCCAGGUCUACCCUGACAUGAUGCAGGAGCAAUCCAACAUGUGGGAGCUGGAGAGAAGGUCACGGUCAAGAACACCAGAAGCUUCUGACAGGCCCCGAUCACUUUCAGCAGGGGCAGCAACUCGACAAAGAUUCUCACAUUCGCCUGAUCGUCAGCCUACACCAGAGCGUCUGCCACUUAAUCCAAUUCCUGAAAACCGACAGGUACUUCCUGGCUACAGAGGUGAAAGCAACUACUACGAGACAGUAGGACCAGGCACCUACAGGGGACAGCAUCCAUCUGGAAUUUAUGAAUCGCCUGCAACAUACCAAGGUUAUCCCCCAUCAUCACCAGGCCCAACCCAGCAGACAUAUAUUGCACGAAGCACUAGA